AUGGGAAAUUGCCAACAGUGUGACAAUUUAGAUCCAAUAAAAACUCAAGAGAUUUUGACAUCCAAAACCACCAAGUCCAAAUAAAGCAUGAAAAUAAAUAAAAAUGAUCUCAAAGGAAUAAUAAAAAUUCAAGCAAACUUCAGAGGUUUCAUCACUAGAAAAAAAUACAAAUUUAAAUCGUCAGGGUCAACAGCACAAAAAUAUGGUACUUCCAUUAACUAAUAAAAGAGUUCUUAAAAUGAUUCAGUUAUCGCAGACUCUUAUUAAAUCACUGUCAAAGCCUAAUAAAUUUAAUAACUACAAAGAAGGCAAUCUCCGAUCAAAAUUUUAGAUCAGGAUGACCAUAGAUAAAUUUGUGAAGCCGAUAUUACAAGAAAUAUCCAUAAAGAUGAAGAUGCAAGUUCCUAUUCUGAAGUUAGAAGCAAGCACUUAAUCAGUUUUCAAAUGAAUGAACUCUGCUUCAUUCCUAUACAUAAAUAAGAUCAGAAAAGAGUCUAAAAUGAAGAACAAUAAAAGCUUUCCAUUCUUUAAAUGAAGAAUGGAUGCUACUAUGAAGGAUAAUGGAAAAAAGGCAUGGUUCAUGGAUUUGGAAAAUAUACCCUCUCAGAAACAUCAUUUUACAUUGGAGAAUGGAUUGAAAAUAAGGCAAAUGGAUUUGGUACUUUUCAACAUUCCAAUGGUGAUAUAUAUGUUGGAUCGUGGAAGGAUGGUACUGCCAAAGGUAAUGGUAAAUACUCAUUUGGAGAUGGCACAUACUACGAUGGUUAAUGGAAUAAUGACCUACCAAAUGGAUAAGGCAAAUAAACUUAUGAAGGUGGAUGGAUUUAUGAGGGAAGCUUUUAAAAUGGGUUUAAAAGUGGGUUUGGUUAGUUAACAUAUCCUGAUGGAACUGUCUAUGCUGGCAAAUUCGAAAAUGAUCUAAUGAAUGGCUAUGGAAUACUGAGAUUCCCAGAUGGAAGAACCUACAACGGAGAAUGGAAGAGUGGACUCAAAAGUGGGAAAGGAGAGUUUCUCUGGCCAGAUGGGAGGAAAUAUGAAGGAUAAUUCCUAAAUGAUCAGAGAGAGGGUUACGGAGUAUUAAUAUGGUCGAAUGGCCAAAAGUAUAGUGGACUCUGGAAAGAAGGACUUCAACAUGGGAAUGGGUAAAUCAUUAAAGCAAAUGGUGCUACCUUCCGAGGAAGGUGGAUCAAAGGAAAAAUAGUGUCAACUAAAUUCACUACUAAUACUCCAGCCAAAGUAAUAAAAUUAGUUAAGGGAUGA